UGAUUGUGGCUUAACAGACAGAAGCUGUUCAGCUCUGGCUACAGUUCUUGGAUCAGAUACCAAUCUGAAAGAGCUGAACAUGAGCAAUAAUAAUCUGCGAGAUUCAGGAGUGAAGCUGCUCUGCACUGGACUGAAGAAUAUAGCGUGUCAUUUGGAGAUACUGAGACUCUCAGACUGCAGCAUCACUGAAGAAGGUUAUAAAGCUCUGGCUUCAGCUCUGAGAUCAAACCCUUCACACCUGAUAGAGCUGGAUCUCUCUGGAAAUGAUCCUGGACCAUCAGGAGUGAAGCAGCUCGAUGAUUUACUACAGGAUCCAAACUGUCAGCUGAAGACACUGAGGUUUUUGUGUCCUGCUGCAGAAGAAGCCUGUCAGUAUGUGAGAGGAAUUGUGGGUAAAAACCCGUUACUCCUGAGAGAGCUGGAUCUGAGUAGACGUGAACUAGGAGACACACGAGUGAAUCAGAUCGCUGCUCUACUGCAGGAUAAACACUGUACACUCAACACACUGAAUCUGUGGGGAUGCAGUAUUACAGAGGAACAGAGUCUCGUCCUGACUUCAGCUCUGAACUCAAACCCAUCACACCUGAGAGAGCUGAAUCUGAGAGGGAAUAAACCAGGAGACUCUGGAGUGAAGAGCCUCAGUGAUCUACUGAUGAACACACAAUGCAAGCUGGAGAAACUGAAUCUGUGUGGAUGCAGUAUUACAGAGGAACAGAGUCUCGUCCUGACUUCAGCUCUGAACUCAAACCCAUCACACCUGAGAGAGCUGAAUCUGAGAGGGAAUAAACCAGGAGACUCUGGAGUGAAGAGCCUCAGUGAUCUACUGAUGAACACACAAUGCAAGCUGGAGAAACUAGAUCUGUGGGGAUGCAGUAUUACAGAGGAACAGAGUCUCGUCCUGACUUCAGCUCUGAACUCAAACCCAUCACACCUGAGAGAGUUGAACCUGAGCGGGAGUAAACUAGGAGACUCUGGAGUGAAGAACCUCAGUGAUCUACUGAUGAACACACAAUGCAAGCUGGAGAAACUAGAUCUGUGUGGAUGCAGUAUUACAGAGAAACAGAGUCUCGUCCUGACUUCAGCUCUGAACUCAAACCCAUCACACCUGAGAGAGCUGGAUCUGAGCUGGAAUCACAUAACAAACACAGGAGUGAAUCACUUGUGUGACGUACUGAAGGAUUCAGGCUGUAAACUGGAGAGAUUGAGUCUAAAUCGCUGUGGUAUUACAGACGUUUCUUCUUUAACUCGGUCUUUGAGAAACACAAAAGCGCUGCGGUUUCUAAAAGAGCUUGAUCUGAGUGAUAAUAUGAUUGGAGACUCGAAGCAGCAGCUCGUCGAUGUGCUACGAGACUCAAACUGUGAACUGAGAGUAGAUGAAGAUCCAUGGCCAAGAGUCCCUGAUAGAGUUCAGCCAUCAAGAGUCCCUGAUAGAGUUCAGCCGUCACAGGAUGAUGGAUGCUGUAUAUCAUAGUUAGAGAUGAUGAUGAGAGGAGCAGUGAACAUCAGCUGAGAGCUUCACCUCUGUGUCUGUGUCUGUGAGCAGAACUACAUACAGCUGGAAGAGACUCAGACUUUACAAUCAAAAUAUGUCAUACUGAAUGAUUCGUGUUGUUUUAUUUAAAGGUGAAACAGAAGAAGAAGCUCAGAUGAGUCUGUCUGGCUCUUCAGUUUAAGAUCUACAAACAUAAUAAUAUUUGUAUUAAACUCAUCCAU